AUGUAUCAAUUGCCAUCAGUAACGAUGGGCAGACAAAAAGGUUCUAGCUCCGCCAGCAACGGGCGUCACGUCGUGUCCAUUGGAGGCGCAGAGUUUGUGCCCCCGCGUAGUGUGGCUCCCCCACCUUCGUACCAGCAAGCUGAUGAAAGAAAGUACGGAAGCAGUGCGAGCAGUUAUCAAAGUCAUCCUCGCCUCUUCGGCAGCCCGCUUCCCCCGCCACCUGCUGCAUAUGCACCCGCACGUGCGCAUGCCAUGCCUGCCGAGCACACCUACCGAGGCGCCGGACACAGAAGAUACAGCAGCAGCAUGGAUAGCGGCGCAACAUCAAACUCUCCUCCCUUGUCCUCUUCCCUUUCGAGUUGCGCCAUGGCGUUCUCAACAAUGUCUACCUCUGCAGCGUCAUUCGGCACGAGCUCAUCUCCGCCAGCGCUUGCGUCGAUGUCGUGGCAAGCACAGCAAAAUCUGUACGCCAAGGCGCUCUACGAGCAUACGCGGCGCAUGUGGCAGAACGAGCGACGCGCGAUGGAGGCUGUUGCACAUGGUCUAGCUCCAGACGCCGCGCCGCCCAUGCGUAACAGCAGCAUGCGUGGCAGCGCCGAGGUCUACCAGCAGGUUUCAGCAGCAUCUUCCUCGAGCCAGAGUGACGGCAGCGGUGUCUCAGGAGGCGCUGGGCCCAGGAGAGCAAGGGGCGUCAAGGUCAGCAAGCAUAGCGUCAGUCAUAUGUCGCAGGCUACCGUCAACGGAGACGGUUGGCUUGGAAGAGCAAAGAGUCUCAAGCGCUCACUCGGGAUCGUGUGA